AUGAAGGGGGUCAUACGAAUUAAGGCGAAAAAAAAAAGGGGAAAAACUGAGGAGGACAAUGAAGACAACGUCGAAGUGAACGAUGGGAUGGAGAUGAAGCCGGAAAAUACCAAAGGGGAAGAUGAAUCUGGAUACAUGGUAAAGGAUAAUAUGGAAGCCAAGGGAAUAAUCAAGGGUACGAUGGAAAACCCUCUUACCUUUGGGCAAAAGGAUGAAAGGGGGGAGGAGGAAAAAUUUAAAAUAAAGAUCAGCGAAUCGGAAGAUGAAAUGGGUAACACCGUCUUUGGAGGUGAAGUAAAUGAGUACAAAAAUAUGGGUGAAAGAAACAGCCUUGGGGAAAGUACUUCUGUGGGUAAAAAUGUAAAAAAGCAGGAUAACAUCGGCGAGGGGUACUCGCCUGGGAUGGCGCAACGCAGAGACCAAGUCGAAUCGAUUAACAACCCGUUCGGCCAAUUUAAGGUGAAUAAACCAAACGGUAAGGCGCAUGAAGAGGUAAAAAUAGAAGCACUGAAUGGAAAUCCCAUAAAUUUUGAUGCCAAUACAUCCCUCCCCAACAGAAGGAAAAACAAAGAAGAAGAUAACUUUUCCGAACUUGUGGUAAAAAGUAGGGAGCAUAAUAAAAAGAUCUAUGAAGAAUCGAAGGAUAUAAAAAAUGUAACUGAAAAAUGGAAGCUACUACCAGCAUACUUAAAAGUGAAGGGAUUGGUUAAGCAGCACAUCGAGUCGUAUAAUUAUUUCAUCAAACAUGAAAUAAAAACAAUAAUGAAUGCAACGACAAAUAAGAUUUUGAAGUCUGAUAUAGAUGAACAUUUCUAUGUGGAGUUCUUAGAUAUAUUUGUAGGAAGACCCUUGGUUGAAGAAAAUAUGAUAGAAACGAAUUUGACUCCACAAAUAUGUCGGCAAAGAGAUUUAACCUAUUCGGCGCCUAUCUAUGUAGAUGUGGAAUAUGUAAAAGGUAGCAACAUUAUUAGGAAGAAUAACGUUGAGAUAGGGAGACUUCCAGUCAUGUUGAGAAGUGAUAUAUGUAUUUUAAACAAUAAGAGUGAAGAGGAAUUGAUGAAAUUGGGUGAGUGUCCUUAUGACCCUGGGGGAUACUUCAUCGUUAAAGGUACUGAAAGGGUUCUUCUGAUGCAGGAGCAACUGUCAAAAAAUAGAAUCAUUGUAGAGAUGGACAUAAAACAUAAUAUUUGCGCAACCAUUACAUCUACAACAGCCGAGUCGAAGAGUAGAUGUGCCAUCGUUUAUAAGAACAAUAAAUUGUAUCUAAAGCAUAACUCCUUCAUUGAGGAUAUAGGGGUGUGUAUUAUCCUUAGAGCUAUGGGGUAUGAGAGCGACCAGGAAAUAUUUCAAAUGAUAGGAUCCCAUAGAAAUUACCUGAACGGCAUUUUACUCUCUUUGUACGAUUUGUACAGCGAGAAUAUAAAGACAAAUUUAGAUGCACUUCUCUAUAUAGGAAAAAAAAUUAGGCCUAGAUUACUAGCCAAGGGGUUUUUCAGUUCCAUGAAGGAAAAGCAAGUAAAAAAUGAAAAGGAUAUUAUCGAAGAAGGGUUGGAUUUUCUAAGCAGAGUUCUUCUGUCUCACAUUCAGCAGAAGAACAAAUAUGAUUUUAGAAACAAAGCUAGGUGCAUCUGCCUGAUGAUUAGACGUGUUCUAGAUAGUGCAAAUAAUAAGAACGAAUUAGAUGAUAAAGAUUAUUAUGGUAACAAAAGGUUGGAGCUAGCUGGACAGCUAAUAUCACUUUUGUUCGAAGAUUUAUACAAAAGAUUUUAUUUCACCUUGAAGAAGCAGAUAGAUCAGACACUCAGUAAAUAUAUGCAAAGUAAUUAUACUUCCAAGUUAAAGUACAGCGGAAAUGUAAAUGAAACAUACCCUGAUGUGUUUCGAAGUUUACCAAAGGAUAUCAUUACAAGAGGAAUGCAGGCGGCUAUUUCGACGGGAAACUGGAACAUUAAAAGGUUUAAGAUGGAGAAAAGUGGAGUAUCACAGGUAUUGUCCCGUUUAUCCUUCAUUGCAUGUAUCGGAAUGAUGACCAGACUGAAUUCUCAGUUCGAAAAGGGUAGAAAGGUUAGUGGACCAAGAGCAUUGCAACCAUCUCAGUGGGGAGUUCUAUGCCCCUGUGAUACGCCAGAAGGAGAAUCGUGUGGAUUAGUUAAAAAUUUAGCACUCAUGACGCAUGUAACAAAUGAUAAUGAAAAUAAUGAACACCUAAUCGAAAUAUUAUAUACCCUGGGGGUUGAGGACAGCGACAGUCUAACAGGAGAGGAAAUGUACAAGGAGGGAAUAUUCUUUGUAAUCUUUAAUGGAAUACUUCUGGGUGUGCAUAAGAAGCCACGUAUAUUUAUGAGAAGAAUUAGGUGUUUAAGAAGAUAUGGGAAAAUUGGGCAGUUCGUUUCCAUAUACGACAAUUUUUUGCAUAAGGCUAUUUACAUUUCAACCGAUGGUGGGCGGUUAUGCAGACCGCUGAUAAUUGUGGAAAAUGGAAAAUCCAAAUUGACCCAGGAGCAUAUUCUAUCGCUAGAAAAUGGAACCAUUAACUUUUUUGAUUUACUUAAAAGUUCUGUCAUCGAGUGGAUAGACGUGAAUGAACAAAACAAUCUACUCAUUGCCCUGAACGAGUCAGACAUUUCUAUAAAUACGAGUCAUCUAGAAAUAGACCCACUAACCAUAUUAGGUGUGGUAGCUGGACUCAUUCCUUAUCCAAACCAUAAUCAAAGUCCACGUAAUACGUACCAAUGUGCCAUGGGAAAACAAGCCAUUGGAGCCAUUGGAUAUAAUCAGUUCGUCCGGUGUGAUACUUUGCUAUAUCUGCUAGUCUACCCCCAGAAACCCCUAGUAAAAUCAAAAACGAUUGAAUUUAUUAAUUUUGAAAAAUUGCCCGCAGGACAGAAUGCCAUUGUAGCGGUUAUGAGUUUCGGAGGGUAUGAUAUUGAAGAUGCCAUUGUGAUGAACAAGUCUUCCAUCGAUAGGGGUUUCGGAAGGUGCAUGUCUCUGAGAAAACAUGCUGUGGAGCUGAAGAAGUACUUUAACGGGUCCAACGAUUUGGUGUUGCCCUCCCCUUUGGCCAUCAGCAAAAUGCAAGAACGCCAGGAGAAGCGGCGCCAAGAAAAACUAUCCCAAUCGCAGGAUAAGCAACGACAAGCGAAAGAAGAAAGAGACCACGUAGAAAACGGCGCAGGCACGAACGUGGAUGAACAGAAAAAAUUCCACAACAAGGAAAUUAAAAAAUAUCAUGCACUGGAUAUGGAUGGUGUAGUCUCUAUUGGUUACCUUCUGAAAGAAGGACAAGUGUACAUAAAUAAAUACUCACCAAGAAAUGUCAAAGAUCACGUGAAGGACAUCAGCAAAAUAGAUUUAAAUGAUUUAAAGGCGAAUGAGAUUAAAUACAAAAGUGUGUACCCAUCAUACAUUGAUAAAAUAAUUUUUACAGAAAACGCAGAAGGAUUAAAAAUAUACAAAAUUAUUAUGCGCCAAACAAGGCUUCCCGAAUUAGGGGAUAAAUUUAGUUCAAGACAUGGUCAGAAGGGAGUUGUUGGUUUGCUAGUUAAUCAGGAAGAUAUGCCAUUUACUGAAUCUGGUAUAUGCCCAGAUUUGAUUAUGAACCCGCAUGGAUUUCCAUCCCGUAUGACUGUGGGCAAGUUACUCGAACUUGUUGCGUCCAAGUCAGCAGUUCUAGAUGGAGAAUUAAAAUAUGGAUCCAUUUUUAGUGGCACUCCCUUCGAAGAAAUGGCGUCCAUUUUGUUUAAAUAUGGUUUCAACUGCUCAAGUAAAGAAUUGCUGUACUCAGGUUUAACAGGGGAACCGUUGGAAACGUAUAUCUUUAUGGGACCCAUUUAUUACCAAAAAUUAAAACACAUGGUACAGGAUAAAAUCCAUGCUAGGGCUAGAGGACCUAGACAGUUGUUAACUAGACAACCAACUGAAGGGAGAUCCAAAGAAGGAGGAUUACGGUUAGGAGAAAUGGAAAGAGAUUGCCUAAUAGCAUAUGGAGUUAGUAAUUUGUUACUUGAACGGUUAAUGUUAAGUAGUGAUGUAUGUGAUGUGUACAUUUGUGAGGAUUGUGGCAUGAUGGGUUAUGACACAUACUGUACCUUCUGUCAAAAGUGCGACAAGAAUGCUCUUGUUAAAAUGCCUUAUGCAUGCAAAUUGCUCUUCCAGGAGUUGCAGACAAUGAAUGUCUUCCCCAAAAUUGUGGUGAAGGAAACAUAG